AUGUAAUCAAUAAAACCAAUUGUAUAAUAAAUUUCAUAUGCCAGAUAAGGUAUUAAUGAAAAGAAGAAUAUAUCAGAGAAUAUAGAAAAAAUGAAAGUUGCAUUUGAUUAAUUAGCGCCUGCAAUUAGAAAUUAAUAAGAUUAUAUCUAAAAUAUGAAUCCAUCCUCAAUUCAAAUAAAAGAUGGAGCUGAAAAAUUAUAAGAAUAAAAAAGAUAUUUUUUAAGAUUCCUAGAUUUAAUGAAUUAUGAAUUAACUGAAUUAUUAAAUAUUGCUAGAAAUACAAUGGGUUUGAAAGAUAAAAAUUCAAAUCCAGAUUCUUUUUGGGAAAAGAUUCUCUAUUAAAAAGUUAAGUUUAUAGAAUCAAUUAAGGAUUAAUUGACGCCUGAAACAAAUUAUUUUGAAUUGCUCUUUAAAACUUUAAAUUUAAGAGAUAAUCUAAUCAUAUAAUUUUUUAAAGCAUUAUUACAUCGAAAACUACUCUUAUGGAAAGAUAUGAAUAUAAGAAAUGAACCUUUUGUUCAUGCAUAAAUUAAAGCUUUGUUAAAUAAUAUUGAAUCUAAAUAAACAAAAGGAUAAAUCAUUAGUGAAAAGUUGGAAUUCAAAGAAAUUGAUUUUAUUAAUGAAACUAUCCCAGGAGUAUGGAGGUAUUAAUUAGAAUCAAAAGAAGAAAGUUAUUCAAUUGGAAUAUUUCUUAAUUUAUUAAAGGAUACUUAUGAUGAUUUAAUUACAAGUUUAUUAAAUUAUUGUAAUUUAUAAAUGGAUCCUGCUGCAUUAAAAUAGGUUACUAAUAAUUAAAAAUAAGUUUAAAGUUUAAGAUAAUAAAUUGAAAUAUUAGUUGAUGAAAAUGAAAAAUUAACUAAAUAAUUAAAUGAAUUGAAACUUACUAAAAGAUCUAAUGAAUUUGUUGAAAUAAAAAGAUUAUAAUAAGUUAUUGAAGAAUUAGAAGUUAAUUUAUCAAGAAAAACUAGAGAAAUAGAUGAACUUAUGGCUAACUCUAAAGGAAGUCUCAGUUUAAUCUAAAAUCUUAGAGAAAAACUAAAAGAUGUUGAAGAAGAAAACCAUAGAUAUAAUAAUAUAUUUUUCCCUAAAUAAAAGGAUAUUGAGUAAUAGACAACUAAAUUAUUGGAUGAGUUCUUACAAAUUAAAAAAGAUAUUGAUACAUACAGUUCAUUGUUCAAAAUGGAAAGUUAAAUUAGAGAGAAAGCCUUAAAAAGUAAAGAGUAAUCUGAUGAUUAAGUAUAAAAAUUAGUUGAUAUGUUGGGAAGAUCGAAAUAGAAAGUAUUUAUAUAAAAUAUAAUUAAAGAAUAAAGAACUCUAAGAAAUUAUAAAGUAAAAGGAAUCUAUUAUUAACAAAGUUCUAGAAGCUAAAAGAUAGAAUGUAGAAGAAAUUGAUAAUAUGAAAAAGGAAAUUACUAUACACAAAGAUAAGGUUAUAUAUGAAGUAAUUUUAUUAUGAUUAUAGUAAAAUAGAGUCAAAGAAGUAUAAGUAUAAUUUGAUAUAUUGGAGAAGAAGUAUUAAGAUAUGUUUGAAAUUAAUACACAUUUCAAUAAAAGAAUUUAUGAACUUGAAAGAUAAAAAAAGGAAUUAUUAGAUAUCUUAAAAAAUCAUAAUAUUGAACCUGAUCCAACUAAAUUAAGUUUUCUAAAUGAACAAUUAUAAUCAUGA